GAAAUACAAUUUCCUAUUUUUCUGUUGCUUGGUUCCAAAAUUCGGCACUUUAUUGCAGCGCUGUAACGCUAAAAAGAACGCAUAAAUCAUCCCAGAGUUCAUUCACUAUUCAUGUCAUGCUCUGAGAAUCAAUCACCACAAUCUAAUCCUGCUGUGCCUACUUCAGCCAGCGGAUCGCCUCAAAUCGCCUCUUCUGAAAGUUCAACUUCAGCAAGGACAUCACCCGAGGCUUCGCCUGUCACGAACGCUAUCUCACACCAAACGAGUACCCAAACCGCGCUCGAACAGGAUCAAGCAACAUCCUCUUCGUCAAGUUCAACCAAUACUCGUAGCUGGGGUGCUCUCUCAUCAGUCUUUGAGCUGUUAUCAGGCAAUCAGCUAGCCCGAUCGAGUCGCUCCAUAUCUGGCUCCCAUCUAGAAGAUAGCGUAGGAUAUGACGAUGUGUUAUCAAGACAUAUGGCAAGCAAGGAUGAUCGGAAUCAUACAAACCGUUUGAAAGAGGAUUUGAGUUGCCCUAUUUGCCAGGAUAUUAUGAAAGAAGCCUUCAUUACCAGCUGUGGACAUUCGUAUUGUCAUAGUUGCAUCACCAAGUAUAUCGACGCAAACCCAUAUUGCCCGUUAUGUCGCACUGAAAUCACUCGAAGUGAUAUACAUCCUAACUUCCAACCAACUUAGUCAAACCUACAGUACCGCCAGUUUUCCGUUUUAUGCCGUGAGGAAAGAUGGCCAAUUUCAGCUUAACUUUGCCAAACGACUUGCCCGAGAAUUACCUUCUUCUGAGCUCCUUGAAAUAUUUUCCGCAGCCGUGAAGGAACGUCAGUCUUUGGAAAACAUCGAGCGAUAUUCACGGAAAGAAUUAUUCGAAUUCUUCCUCUCCAAAAUUAAAGAAG